AAACCCCCCACAUGCCCCUGCUAAGCGCAAAGGGAUCCCCUGGAGAGCUGAGCCGCAGGACAGAGAUCCCACCACAGCGCAGCUUCCCCUCCGCACCCAGCGACAGCAUCACCCCCGUCUCCCCCGAGGCAGAGAGCGGCAGCCCCAUUGCUACUGAUGUCCGACCAGGAGGUGGCCCCGGCGGCAUCAGAGGCCGCCCCGUCCGAAGCUCCGCCGGCGCCAGCGCCAGAGCCAGUAGCUGCUCCCGAACCGGAGGCCGCCCCACCAGCCCCCGAGCCUGCUACCCCGGCCCCGCCGGCCCCCGAGCCGAAGAAGCCCAAAGGACCAUCUCCUGGUCAACCAGUGAAUCUGACAGUGGAUGAUGUGAAUGACAGCUCCGUGACUCUGACGUGGGAUGCACCGGAACAAGUGGGCCCCAAGGGCCUGGAUGGAUACAUCGUGGAAUACUGCAAAGAUGGAACUACAGACUGGGUGGCUGCCAAUGACAAGCCUUUCCUUUCUACUCGCUACGUAAUCCGCAACCUAACAUCUGGAGACAAACUUCACAUUCAUGUCAAAUCUGUGAAGGAUGGUGGAAUUAGUGAACCUGCUGGCCUGGACCAGCCACUACUUAUCAGAGAGAUUCUUGAGCAUCCCAAGAUCCGGAUGCCACGCAACUUGAGAGAGACAUAUAUGAGGACUGUGGGACAGUCUGUGAACCUGCUGAUUCCUUUCCGGGGAAAACCAAAGCCACAGGUGACCUGGACCAAAGGAGGCCGUGCCCCUCCAGGGAUCCCAAGCGAAAGGGAACAUAUCUAACUCUGUGUGAUUCCAAGGCUUUCUUUCAUCCGCCAAGCACAGCGUACUGAUUCUGGGAAAUAUGAUGUAACCGUUAGGAUCUUAGAUGAGUUAGAAGACAAGGCCACCAUUGAUCUCCUUGUGAUUGAGAGACCCAGUCCUCCUGAGAACCUGAAGCUAACGGAUGUGUGGGGUUUUAAUGUUGCACUGGAGUGGAGCCCACCCAAAGAUAAUGGCAAUGCCGAUCUCAAAGGUUACACGGUCCAAAAGGCAGAUUUGAAGACUAAGCAAUGGUUCACAGUCCUGGAACAUUACAACCGUACCAACUGCACUAUAUCCGAUUUAAUCAUGGGCAACAGCUACUCCUUCCAGGUCUUCUCAGAGAACCCCUGUGGCCUAAGUGAGAAAGCUGCCACCACCAAGGAUGUAGCACACAUCAAGAAAACAGCAAUUGUAUACAAGCCUGAGAAGUACAAUGUUCACGAUUUCUCUGAACCUCCACAAUUCACCCAGCCUCUGUCAGAUAGAACUACCACCCGGGGCUACAGCACUCAGCUUGUCUGCUCAGUCCGGGGCUUCCCUAAACCCAAAGUGAUCUGGAUGAAAAAUCAAAUGGAGAUUCGAGAAGACCCUAAGUACGUAGCUCUCAUGAACCAAGGUGUAUGCUCCCUGGAAAUACGCAAGCCCAGUCCUUUUGAUGGUGGUGUCUAUACCUGCAAAGCUGUGAACCCUUUUGGAGAAGCCACAGUGGACUGCAGACUGAAUGUCAAAGUCCCGGAAUGAAGAUGGUACAAAAUGGCUUAUGAAGAGCAAAUGAGCUUGAGAGUUUUCUAUUCAAGGCCAGCUAGACUUCUUAUAAAACUCCCUUUUGAUCUCCCUGCCGUGGAGACCCGCUUCCUUACUUGCACACUUAAAUUUGCAGUUCCUAGACGAGCCUGCAGCUUGGAAGAGAUGCUGCUGCCAUGUGUCUCCAAAACAGAAGCUUUGCAGAGGGAUAUACUUGGUCUUGGGUUGGCUUUACAGAGAAAAGUGACUAUGUCUCCUAUGACACGGUGUCUGUCAUUUACUCCUCUCUGGUCUUUGGCCUGACAGUACAACCUUUACCAGUCCUGAAUAAAUGUGCUAUUAACCAUGACAAUAAAAUAAUUUAUCUGGAGAAA